UGCAGCCGCGGAAAGCCGAGCCAAGCCGAGCCGAGCCGCGCUGCCCGCUUGCCGCUGUGCUGCCGGCGGCCCGGGGAUGUCGUCGGGCGGCAGCCUGAGCGCCAUGCAGCGCCUGGUGGAGCAGCUGAAGCUGGAGGCGGCCGUGGAGAGGAUCAAGGUCUCCCAGGCAGCUGCAGAACUCCAGCAGUACUGUAUGCAAAAUGCCUGCAAAGAUGCCCUGCUUGUUGGGGUUCCUGCAGGGAGCAAUCCCUUUCGAGAACCCCGGUCCUGUGCUCUGCUCUGAAAUCAGGGGAGGUCAUCAGAGAGUUGACUUCAAGCAUAACAUGAAUGACAACUGCCUUUCCUUCAUACUAAAGUCUUUCUCUGUGUCCUAACUUUUUGGGUGGCUAAAACCAUGUCCUAGAUAUUUAUGUUUGUUCUUCUGUAUUUGUACUUCACUACCUUUUCCUAAUGCUCGUAAAGUUUAUUAAUGUAACUUUUCAUAAUCAUCACCAUUAUUACUAUGCUGGUUAGUAUAUGCUAACUAUACAAAUACUAUUUGAGAAAUUUGUGUUUUAGAAAAGAAAAGCACAGAACUCUUACUAAAUUACUUAUUUCUAUCUUGGUAAACUGUUACACCAGGAUAAUAGUAAAAGCUGUUGUUUUUUUUUCCAAAAUUAAAAUCCAAAAAGUGAAUUGUUAAAGUUUAAAGCUAAAUGCUGUCAGUAAUGAAGUAAUGUUCUCAAAGGGAAUUUUGCUUCCAUUAGCGAGAUCUGGAACCAACUACAGUUUUUUUCAAGUGCAUCUAAGUCAAUAAAUUACACAUAUUAGAAACUGCUGGACAAAAUGUGUAGUGCAGUCUUGGUUCCUAAGGCAUGUUUCUUACAGCACGUCUAAUCUGUAAUACUUCUCCUCAAUUUGUAUUUGUAAAAGUACUGCCCUGGUGAAAUUUUCCUUGGUAUUUAUAAAAUGUGACCAAACGGACACUAAAAAUCCACGAACACCCAAAGAUAGUUGCAUGCAUUGUUGUCAAGGUUUACAACACACAAAACUUUCUAAUAUGUGCUUGGUCAUUUGCCUUCAGUUUUUUUAUAGAGCACUUUUACAAGGACAACUAAUUUUUUAAUAGAUUUUUCAUUUUUUUCUACUUUCUAUUGUUUGUAUUAAUCUUAGAAGUUUGGAAAUAAAAUUCCUUUGGCCAA